CGGUCAAAGUGUUGUGGUCGCAGACGCUCUCGCGAGAUUCGUCGUCUGGGUGUUUGUUGUGCUGUUGUUGUAGUGGUGGGGGCAGAGCAUUAAAUCACGUGAAUAAAAACAGUGUUUAUUUACUUUCUUGCCCCGUUAGAAGGAGUCGUGGACGAAGCUCAGCGUGUGUAGUAUUCCAGACUCGCUGCUGCCACUAGCAACAAUAACGGCCUCAAGAAAUACCGUUACUUGCUAUAAAGACAAUGGCAGCCAAGAGUGAUAAGGAAAUCCUGGCGAAUUCCAUGUACGAGGAUGAUCCAAAUGGCAACUCAGCGCCCACAACAACAGAAGAGGAUCCCUCCAUGGAAUGCCACAACGCAGUGGUAGCAGCGGAGGCCACUACAACCAAGAAUACGACAACAGCCGCAGCAACCACAACAUCUCCACGUUGGGGCCCUCAGAACAAGGGUGCACAGGAAUUGGCCUCGCUGUACAGUCCAGGUAAACGAGCUCAGGAAAUUAUUUGCGUCUACACGUGUAUUGGCCUGAUGAUCAUAAAUUUGACAUUGAUACUCAAACACAUGCGCUGGGAACGCAUCAGUGUGGCCUUCGUCUCGGCAUUGUGUGGCAUCAUUACAGCCGAUUUCGCCUCUGGUGUAGUGCACUGGGCUGCGGAUACGUGGGGCUCUGUGGAGUUGCCGCUGAUAGGAAAGAAUUUUCUACGUCCUUUUCGGGAGCAUCAUCUAGAUCCCACAUCAAUCACAAGGCACGAUUUCAUUGAAACGAACGGCGAUAAUUUCAUGGUUGGCAUUCCAAUCUUAGGCUAUUUGGCCCAUUAUUUCUAUGCCAAAUCGUCGAUUGAGAUUCAACUUAAUUUUGGGUGGAUAUCGUAUGUGUUUCUUUGCUCCAUAUUUGUGGUCAUGACAAAUCAGAUUCACAAAUGGUCCCACACCUAUUGGGGACUUCCCAGAUGGGUGCUGUUCCUACAGAGUUGUCACAUUAUUCUGCCCCGCAAACAUCAUCGCAUUCAUCAUGUGGCUCCGCACGAAACUUACUUUUGUAUAACUACGGGCUGGUUGAAUUGGCCACUAGAAAGAUUACGAUUCUGGUCGACUUUUGAGCUGAUUAUAGAGCACUUUACGGGUCUCAAGCCACGCGAUGACGACAUGAAAUGGGCCAAGAAACUCACUUAGCUUUGCUACCCCCAAGUGGACGACUGUAUAUAUGGGAACAUAAUCCUGGACCAAAGCAGCCUUAACCUUAACUAAAGCUAAACUAAAAUUAUAUUUUUUGCACAACACGGUUUAAACGAUAAGAUUUUUAAGAUAGCUACUGAUGCCUAUAAAAAAAAAGAAUGUUUGUUAAGCAUAUUUGCAUGUUAA